GACAUAACAAUACCGAUACCGCUCUUCUGUACAUGUGCCCUUUCCACGAACUUUUCUGUUGUUUACAGCUCAAGUCCUCAGCGACGUCGGCUCCACCAGCAACAGAGAUGAAUGGGGACUCUGGUAAACAUGUAAAUGGGGAUGCUUCCUCUCAGGAACGGGUUGCCAUUUUGGAUGCAGGGGCCCAGUAUGGAAAGGUGAUUGACAGAAAAGUGAGAGAACUCAAAGUUGAGUGCGACAUCUUACCCCUUGACACACCAGCCUUCACCAUCAAAGAAAAAGGCUACAGAGCCAUCAUAAUCUCUGGUGGGCCAAGCUCUGUCAAUGACCCUACAGCUCCUCAGUAUGAUCCCGAUAUCUUCAAGUGUGGCUUACCUGUUCUGGGAAUUUGCUAUGGCCUUCAGAUGUUAAACAAAGAGUUCAAUGGGAAGGUUACGAAAACAGAUGCUCGUGAAGACGGUCAGUUUGACAUUACAGUGGACACCAGCUGUACCCUGUUCAGGAAGCUGGGGGAGAAACAAACUGUGCUGCUGACCCACGGAGACAGCAUCACGCAAGUCGCAGACGGCUUCAAGGCCGUCGCUCACUCUGGGAACUUCAUAGCAGGUAUCGCGAACGAGAAGAGCCGUCUGUAUGGCGUGCAGUUUCACCCGGAGGUGGACCUCACGGAGAAUGGCCAGCAAAUGUUCAAGAAUUUCUUGUUUGACGUUGCCCAGUGCUGCGGGAACUACACCAUGACCAGCCGGGAGAAGGCGUGUGUCACGUACAUCAAGGAGACCGUCAAAGACCACAAAGUAUUAAUGCUGUUAAGUGGAGGCGUGGACUCGACUGUGUGUGCUGCUCUACUUCACAAAGCUCUGAAUGAGGAUCAGGUGAUUGCUGUGCACAUCGACAACGGUUUUAUGCGGAAGAAGGAGAGCGAAGAAGUGGAGAAGUCUCUCAACAACUUGGGCCUCAAAGUCAGAGUCGUCCGCGGGUCUCAUACGUUUUACAAUGCAACAACAACGGUGCCGAUUGAGGGAAGCGACAACGCCUCCAGAAAGAGAAAAACUAACACACUGAACACAACAACACAUCCCGAGGAUAAGAGAAAAAUAAUUGGGGACACUUUUAUGAAGAUUGCAAAUGAAGUUGUGGAUGAGUUGAACUUGAAACCAGAGGAUGUCUAUUUAGGACAAGGCACGUUAAGACCAGAUCUUAUUGAGAGUGCGUCUGCUAUGGCCAGUGGGAAGGCAGACGCGAUCAAGACACACCACAACGACACAGACCUGGUCAGAGAACUCAGGGCACAGGGCCGUGUGGUGGAGCCCCUGAAGGACUUCCACAAAGACGAGGUGCGGCAAAUCGGGAAAGAUCUCGGGCUGCCGGAGGAGCUGGUGCACAGACAUCCUUUCCCUGGUCCAGGUUUAGCAAUCCGGGUGAUAUGUGCGGAAGAGCCAUUCAUGUGUAAGAACUUCGCUGAAAACUGUGUGGUGCUCCGGAUCAUCACAACGUUUGCCACAUCUUCCAAAACUCCUCACUCACUGUUGAAUCGUAUCAAGAGCGGCUCAUCCCCCGAGGAGCAGGAGGAGCUGGUGCGGAUCACCUCCAAGACCACACUCCACUCGCUGCUGCUGCCCAUCAAGAGUGUCGGCGUACAGGGAGACUGUCGGACAUACAGCUACGUGGCUGCGUUGUCCAGCGAGGAAGAUCCGAAUUGGGAAGACAUGAUGCUGCUGGCGAAGAUCAUCCCUCGGGUGUGUCACAAUAUCAACAGGGUGGUGUAUGUGUUUGGUGGGCCGGUGCUGUUCCCCGUGGAGGACGUGACCCCGACCUUCCUGACCACCGGGGUCCUGGCCACUCUGCGACAGGCCGACCACAACGCCUCCCGCACGCUGGCCCAGGCCGGCCUGAUGAACACUAUCUCUCAGAUGCCCGUGGUGCUGAUUCCGAUCCACUUUGACCGAGAUCCCAGCAUGCAUCUGCCGUCAUGCCAGCGGUCGGUGGUGAUCCGAACCUUCAUCACCAACGACUUCAUGACGGGGGUCCCCGCCACGCCGGGCAAACACCUCCCCACCAAGGUGGUGAGUCAGAUGGUGGAGAACAUCCUGCAGGUGCCCGGGAUCUCCAGGGUCAUGUUUGACCUGACUGCGAAACCGCCAGGCACCACCGAGUGGGAGUGAUUUGGAGUGAGAGAGAUGGAGGGGGGAGAGAACUCUGUUGACCUCUCAGCCUCGGUGACUGGUUGCGUCCCAAAUUAAUCUCCACUGACUGGCUAGCUGGUGUGGCUUUUGUUUCAAAAAGUCGCAGCUGGUGUGAAAUCCUUUGGAAGGAACGAGAUAUUCAGGGCAUUCUUGCGACAUAUCGGAAGAAUAAGGUCCACCCUUUUUUUGUGUGUGUGUUUUAAUCCCAUUGCCCAGGUCAGUUUGCGACACCUCAAUAAGAAUGAGGAGUGGGAAUGUUCUAUAAAUAGUUUAGAUUCUCUGUUGGCUAACUUCUUCUCGCAUCGUGUAAAUUGGAGAAGAUUGGGGGGAGCGUGUGGAAUAUUUUUUUAAAAACCAGCAACACGUUGGCGGGUUUUCUGGUGUUGUUUGCUCCUUUUUCUCGAUAAAACAUCUAUUUUCCUUAUUAAAUCUCUCCUCCUUUUCUUUGUUACUUUCUUGCGACACCUCUAAUCUUCAGCAUUUACAUAGCCUAUUUGUAUUACAAGUGUCGUAAAACUUGUACUAAUACUAAAAACAAGUUGCACCUUAAGGAUGUAUGGCCAUCGUUAUGGUGGAGACAUUUGUACAAUCAGUACGACGGAUACAUUCUGUUGGUGGUGGUCGGUGCUGGGGUGAGGGUGAGAACUGCCGGGAUAGGGGGAUGUGAAAAGUGCUUGUGGAUGAUGCCCUGACCCAGGGUGAGAAAGGCAAUGAUGGUGAUGAUUAUGAUGGAUUUAUAGUAUAGCUGCGACUUUUCCGCUAAAUAGCGGAAACUCCACUCCAUUUAUCUUUUCCGGCAACUUUCCUCCUUCCUCCGCUGGACCGCUCUUGGUCGCAAAUUGCGAUGCUUUUUUUUAACACACGGAAAACACCAAACCGAGAGUGAGACGAAAACUCGGCUUGCCCUCAUCUGCCUGUAGCUUCCUACUUCCGAUCUGUGCCUAGCACUAGUUUCACAUUGUUUAUUGUGGAGCGACUGUAUCGGUCGAGCAUCGGGGCGAUGACGCGCUGGGUUGUCAUUGAUAACGGCGGAAAUUCGAGAGAAAUUGAUGCAGAAUACAAAAAUAAAUGGAGGUGGAUUGAGAAAAAAGCAGAAGUGUGCAUUUUUUGAAAAUUGAACAAGCUGGGUGCUGCACUUUGCGUUUGGUGCGAUAAAAAAAAUCUCAAGUACAGUGGCAAAGGUGUUGCCUCCUUAAUCCGAUACUGCUCUACAUCGUUGCACAAGACUAAAGUGAAAGAAAUAUUAUUAUGAGACACUAGCUGGCAACAAACACUGGAUUUUUAGUCACCAAACUGGGUCAAAUGCUUACUUUGUCAACUUAAAAGAUUGGGGGGGGGGGUUCAAAUACAUUUUUAUUCAGUAUGGUUAACAAAUAUGACACUUUUCCCUUCCAAAGACAAAAGGUCUAAUAUAUUGCCUCUGGAUUUCACUGGUUUUAUUCCGGCCUUCGGAGAGCAUGGGUGCGCCUUUACAUGAAUUUUCUCCUUUUUUGAAAUUCCGGAGUGGCAGUUAGGUAUAUCACUAUCCCAUCAGUUAGGUUCUUGCUGUCAAAUGUGAAUUGAUAGGCUUUGUCUUGAGGUAAAGGAGACUGUUUGAUGUUGGAGUAGGGAUAUUAGAUCAUUGUUCCUUGGAUUUAGACUUUCCAAAAUAAACAAGUGGGUGGUUGGCGGGUGCUCUGGUGUGGUUUGCUACUUCUUUUCUAUUGAGCAUCUGUGGUCCUUAUCUCUCCUCCUUUUCUUUGUACGUUACUCUCUAGUAACAACCUCUUUGGCACUUAUAUUAUUUGACCUAUUUGUGUUGCAAGUGACUUGAAAAUUCACUAGCUUGGUGCUAUUGAAAGGAAGGUAAUAGGGUACAGAGAUCAUUUGUAUUGUGGAGCUGGCUGGAAAUGCUGUUUCAGGACCCAGAUCUGCAGGUUUUGUCUUUACAAAUGUUCCUGAUUGCCACUUGGUGGACUAGUGUUUUAUUUUGCUGUGAGUUUUGCCCUUCCUUGAGGAAACGUUGCUCCUGCUGUGCUGUUUGUUUGUUUGGUUUUUUUCUUGUUCAACAUCUGAAAGUGUAGAUGUGGCUGAGGUCAGGUUACCCCAUUCGUUCAUCGUCCGUCUACAGGGAAAGGCGUAUUCGUGUUUUUCAUCAUUGGCGGGUGGCUGGAGGGCGCCACUGGUAGGUCCUACUUCUUUUCUGUCUGUAUGUACGUCUCUUCUCUCAAACUCAAACCUGUUGUUGGACUCAGGGACUGCUGCCCAUGUAUCUGUCGAGUUUGUCAUCAUGUUUGUUGUUGGGUUUUUUCUCUUGUCAAGUAGCCACAGGUGAAUAAAUUGGGUUAUGAUUUCAUGUUUGUUUGUGCGUUGCGUUGCUGGCUUACUGGUUCGCCUCUCCGAGUCUCAACAUUAUUAAGGUCAUGGUUUCAAAUAUCGUCAGGGGCUUGAUGUUUUGUCCUUGGGGAAAAGGCGCUUGACAUGAAUUUUCCUCACUUCACCACCGAGGCAGGAAUUGGUACAUAAUGGCUAUAGACGGCAAAAAAUUUGUCAUUUUGUUUUAGCUCAUGUAAUCUGCAGCUUGCACUGUAUGCUUUCCUGGAAGCCAAAAAUGCUUCUGAAUGUUUCCGGGUCUGCUCGGGUAAUUAUGUUGUGAGGUGCAUAGAGCGUGCUGGAAGGAGUGGAUAUGCACAAUAUAAAUGCAAUUAUUAUUAUUAUUAUUAUUAGCAUAGAUAUUAUAGAAUUAUUUUCAUCCAGUGACCUCGACUCGUAUGAACUUGCAUGAAAUUAUGACUUUGUUGUUGGGUUUGGGUUUUUAGGGUUUUUGGUUUUUUAGUUGAAAUUUGUAUUUUCUGUAGUCAUGCAGUUUUGUAUAAUAUACUUUUACAAUUUUAAUGAUAUUGAUUGGAAAAUAUAUAUAUAUAAUAUAUAUAUUUAAAAAGCCACAUUUGCCGGUGGUCAACUCCUGAAUCCUCUGACUUGUGUUUGGGAAAAUUACAACAUCUUAAAAUUUUUGCAUUGCAUUUCAUGGCCCCCAGUCUUAAAAGUGAAAAAAUCCUGUCUGGUGAAAUACUUCAUUGGGGACCUUUGAUUGUGUGAAAGUUGAUUAUAUGACCACAGAUCUUCCAACCCUCCAACCCCUCUGUGACCAAAGAGGACUUCCCUUCAGAAUCCUCCUUAAAAAUCAGAGUUGGGGGUGUCAGAUUACAUGACGAACCAGUUAAGGCAAAUUAACGUAGUGUGUGACUGAUGGAAACAUUUAUGGAAAUAAAUGGAAAAUUUUAUGCAAAUCUGAUUGCGGUUCUUCUGUGAGAAGCAAAAUAAAAUUGUAGGGCUGGGAUUUUGUCCGAGAACUUGUCCGGGCUGCUCUAAAAGAAGAGAUGUAACAUUGAAUGUGAACAGUUUUAGAAGACAGGUCAGCGGGAAAGAGUCACAUUUCUCUGCUUUGCAUCGGAUGUAUCUGUCUGUUUUCUUGCUUUCUUCCGGCUGUAAAUUUCUUAUGAACCCGAUGCCAUUUCGUAUAAAGGACAGCUUUGGGAGGUUGGCAGGUGCUGCUGGUGGAUCACAUUUCUCUCUCUCUCAUGAUUAUCUUCUCAUAUUUUCUGUCACUUUGUCUUAUUCAUGCUCAAAAUGAAAUGAAAUGACUCAAUGUUUUGGCGUUUAUGAACCCUGAUUCAUUAUGUUCACAGUUACAGCUGAUGCAUAUAUUGCCCCUCCCCAAUCCCUUGCCUCGUUUAAAUUUUUGAUUGUUUGUGAUCCAGUCAAUUAGCAUUUGCCGCUACUCAGCGACUGACUUUUCCUUUACAGAAGAGUGAAGAGUUGGGUCGUGGUUCUCUGAAGUUAGCUGAAAUCUUGGCGUACAUGUAGAUCGGCUGCGGAGCGUAAGACCUCGCCUAACGACUAUACGCCAUUUUGAAAAGUGACACCUGGUGUUGUCUUACUCUGAGCACUCGAUAUGCUGUUGGUUUUUUUUUAACAUGCGUGCAUUAUGUCCUUAUUGUAAUUAAAUCUCUGGUGUACCUUCCCCAAUGAUUUACUUAGGGAGAGACCUAUCUGAAGUCUUGCUGUACACAAUUUGUUCUUGAGAUUAUUGUCUUGUUGGAAUGCCAGUGUCGCGUCGCUCCUGUACUGUACUGUAACUGACCUGUUUCUGUAAGUUGAGCCUACCAAAUAUGUACUUGAAAGUGUGCCAUUAAAAUGUCAGGUGAAAAUUUU